CAGAGACCCCACCAUCACACAGUACAUAAGCCACCAUUAGAGUAGAAAAAGCGAUUUGAUUUGUUAACGAAGCUCUCACCAGCUGUGUCUGAAGCUUCUCGUUCCUCCAACAAACUGACGUACGUACAUUUCAACGACGAUCUUCACUCUCACUGUCAAGAAUGGAUCCAUGCCCGUUUGUGCGUCUAAUUGUGGAAUCACUGGCUCUGAAACUCCCUCUCGCGACUAAACCGGCGGGUCCUGGAGUACACCCAUCGGCCACUCCGUGUUUCUGCAAGAUACGCAUCAAGAAUUUCCCCUCCCUGACGGCGCUCCUCCCGUUAAGCGCUUCCACCGGUGAAUCUCCUCCCGAAUCGACUGCCUCCGCCCUCGGAUUCCACCUUGAUGGAGCCACACUUCGCCGCCUCUCCGGGAAGCCGGUCACACUCCGCGUUUCUGUCUACACUGGCCGAAUGGGGAGUACCUGUGGGGUUAGCUCUGGUAAAUUGUUGGGUCGGGUUAAAGUGAGUAUGGACUUUGCGGGUGCGGAGGCUAAGCUGUGUUUGUUUCAAAACGGGUGGGUCAAGUUGGGUAGCGAAACCGGUAAAACCUCGGCCCGACUUCACCUCGUGGUUCGGGCUGAAGCCGAUCCUCGUUUCGUGUUUCAGUUUGGGGGUGAACCGGAGUGUAGCCCGGUGGUUUUCCAGAUUCAGGAGAAUAGAAGUCAACCCGUUUUCAGUUGCAAGUUCAGUGCAGACCGGAACUCAAGAUCACGAUCUCUCCCAUCAGAUUUCACCACGAACAAUUGGGGAUGGAUGAGAUCAUUUAAGGGCGAGAAGGAAUGGGCUGCAAGAGAGCGAAAGGGAUGGAUGAUAACGAUACACGAUCUCUCUGGCUCCCCUGUUGCAGCAGCCUCAAUGAUCACACCGUUUGUACCUUCUCCUGGCUCAGACCGAGUCUCUCGGUCUAACCCAGGUGCAUGGGUGAUUCUCCGAACUCAUGGACACUCCGCCAGCAGCUGGAAGCCCUGGGGUCGCCUAGAAGCUUGGAGAGAGAGGGGUCCAGUAGAUGGCUUGGGCUAUAAGUUUGUGCUAGUUACUGACAAUGGCCCAACUAGUGGCAUUUCCAUUGCUGAAGCAACUAUGAGUGUCAAAAAGGGUGGCCAAUUCUGUAUUGAUAGCAGGAUAAUGAGGGAUUCUGGAUUGACUACUAGAUCACCUGUUAAGGGGUUUGUGAUGAAUUCAACAGUGGAAGGCGAAAGACAGGUUAGCAAACCUGUGGUACAAGUUGGGGUGCAGCAUGUAACUUGCAUGGCAGAUGCUGCCUUGUUUAUAGCUCUCUCAGCCGCUAUCGACCUUAGCAUGGAUGCUUGUCAACUCUUUUCGCGCAAACUGAGGAAGGAGCUCUGCCCUGAUGUCCACGAGUCCUAACGCAUAAAUUUCCCUUCUCCUGCAUUGAUAACUAACUAGUUCUACCUCCUGAUUGAGUGAAGCACUGUUGGUUUGAGCAAAAUGGGAAGAAAUUUACAUCCAUUCUUGUCUUGUUCUUCCAUAUGAUUAAACAUUUUUGCCCAAGUUUGGAAGUUUGGUCUGA